CCAUAUAUAUCCGCGGGUAGUUUCACUAAAAAAAAAAAGGAAACAUAAAAAAUGGCGUUAUUGAGAAUGGCGAUGAUGAGAACAAGCGGGUCCGAUAUCAAAUACGCACUGUCCUUCAAAAGGGGUUUUCACGGCACCACUCAUCCACCGCCGCCGCCACCACUUGAUAUUCCGAUCAGUAAAGCAGCCACAUCAUCACCACCAGUGUUCAUUUUACCCGAAUUUGAAAGAAGCUUAGACGGUAGCAACAGUGGGUUAUUCGGGCCGGGUUACCAUAUUGGAAAUGGAUUUAUGGACCUCAUGGCUGUCCCCAAGAAAAAGACUUCUCCUCACAAACGUGGAAUCAGAAAUGGACCUAAGGCACUUAAGCCUAUUCCAGUCAUCAUCCGUUGCAAGGCUUGUGGUCGAGUUAAGCUACCACAUUUUUUCUGCUGCAGUGGUCUUAGGGAUAGUAACGGACAUAAUGGUUCAAGUAGUUGAGGGCAGAUUAGGCAAGAAGUUCUCCAUAUGUGAUCAAUAGGAGCAAAUGCAACAUGAGGUUUUCUCUUUCACAUAAGGAUCAAAUGUUCAGUUUAUCAAGUCUUAUGGUUCGUUGUCAUUAGGAUCAUGUACUAUCCUUCAUUGUUGCUAUCUCAUGGUUCAUUGCAUUCCUUUUAUACCAAGCAUUCUGGCCCAAUAAUAUAGAUACCAAGUUGUAGUUUGUGUGGCAUCAAUUGGAUUUAUGGAGUUCGGGAGAACAAUUCAUCAACCUUUAUGUUUAGUUCAUUAAAAAUUUGUUAUGCCCUUUUGUUUUC